CUUUCCAACCUGCAAGAAGCCUUAAAAUGAUCGCAUUACUGUACUUCCCUAGUCUGGAUUUCUCCACCCCAAAGCAGCUCGGGGAGACACAGUCACCCAGUGCCACCAGAGGCUCCUGAACCAACGCUCAACCUCCGCCUGUGGGACACUGAUAAAGAGAGAUGGCCCAGGAGAUAGCUGCCAGCUCUGUUCAGAAAGGAGCUGGGGAUUUUGAGGUCCCAAGAUAACCCAAAUCCCCCCCUGAGCCAGGCCCUGCACCCCGGCUGCCAGCAGAGACAGGAACCGGGGCUCGGCUGCAACGUUUCCUGUUUGACAGAGGGGUUGGCACAUCAACCUCUUCCCACCACAGAACCUCUGCUCACCCCACUCCUCUGCAGUGCCCAAGGGGCAGGACAGGACCUUCUGGGACAGGGGGGUCAGAGGCCAGCCAUGAUCAGCCAGCCCAAGAGACCACAGCCCAGGCGUGUGAGUGAGAGCUACGAUGAGAAGUGUGAGCGGCGGCACGAGGCGCGGGAGAACCUGCGGCACCGCAACAACACAACCACCUGCAGGCACCUGGGCAGGGGGGCAGAGGAGCCCCCCCAGAGCCCCCGGCAAAGGGAGUUCCUCAGGAGGAGGAACCUGGUGAAUGAUGCUGGGAGGACAUUGCCAGGACAGGAGCCUGAAGCACGCCUUGCCCUGGGCAUCUCCUGGACGCCUCCAAGACCGCCCGUCCUGCUCCAGCAACCACGGAGCUGCCCCACGUUCCCCCCUGCACAUUCCCAGCUCAGACUCAAGGUCCCCCUUGGCAUUUGGGCAGAAGCUGUCCCCAGGAGAAGCCUCUCCCUGAACACCCAAGGGACCCAGACCCUGACACAGCCAAGCUCAGGAGCAACAGACUCCAGCCAGCAGACAGACUGUGGAAUAGCAGUUUUCAAUAAGGAAAUGCUGCAGCUCUCCAACUACCUGAAGGAAGCUCUGCACCGGGAGCUGCUGCUCAAGCAGAAGAUGCUGAUUUUGCAGGAACUUUUCUCCACGUUGCUGCAAGCAUCAGAAAAAUCCUGGCAGGGUCAGCUGAAUGAAGAUAAACUGAAAUGUAAGCUAAGGGCACUUGAAAAUCAGCUGCAGGCCUGCACCCAGAGUUACUCAAAGGAGUGUGUGAAGAAAAUCCUGGUAGAGAUGGAGGACCAGAAGCAGACCUAUGAGCAGAAGGCAAAAGAGGCUCUUCAGAAGAUGCUGGAGGACAAACUGCAAACAGAGCAGGAGCUGCAAAGCUCUCAGAGAAGCCUGGCAGUGAUGAGACAGGACCUGACCUUCUGGAAGGAGCAUUUCAACACUCUCAAAGCUGAACUGACCAAGACAACCACAGCACACACAGAGCUGCAGAACAGCCUCCACGAUUUGCAAAGCGAGCUGCAGAGAGCAGAGGGACAGAGGGAGCAGCUCCAGGAGGCUCUGCACAUCCUGCAGACUGAGCACACUGAGCUCCAUCACCAAGCCAGAGCCUUGCAGGAGGACAACAACCUGAAAGCUGAGCAUAUCAGCACCAUGGAAGACAAACUGCAGAAAGCACAGAGUGAGAAGGGAAUGCUGGAGGCAACAAUCAGCCAUUUAAAAACCUUGAUAGAGAACCAGAGAGAGGAGCUGAAGAUCCAGGAGGUGACGGUGCAAAGGAAAGACCAGGUCUUCAUCACACAGUCCCCACCCCUCACUCCCACCAAGGAAAACCAAAACACUCUGGUAGAGCACCCGGAGGGGCAAGAGGAGGGAGAAGAAAGUCUGAAGGAUGAGAUGCAGAAAAGGACAUCCCAGCUUAGAGCAAAGGAGAAGGAGUGCUGGGAGCUGCGUUCGGAGCUGGAGUCUCUGUGCAGGGGGUACCAGGGGUCUCUGAGCACCCUGCGCCAGUGCCGGGAUGAGCUCCAGGGCCUGCGGGAAGAGAGGCAGCAUGGCCACUGGAUCCCUCUCCUGCUGGUGGUGGCGGCAGUGGCCGUGGCCACCUUCCUGACAAGCUACAUGCCAUGAAGGACCUUCCUGCUGGCUGAAUUCACUGCAAGAACAACUCCACGGGUCAAACAUGGCAGCUGAGAGGACUACAAAAUCCUCUCCCUUUGUUCAACCCUGGAUGAUCUCUGCUAGGGUCUGGCAAAAGAAACUCAGCUCAGGGAAGUUUUCCAGCACAGACCCCUCCACUCCCCCUCUCCUGCCAGCUCCACAUUAAUUCCCCAGGAAGAGGGAUUUUCUCCUCUUGGAGCUUGACUUUUACAGUGGCACUCGUCCCUCCUUCAGUAAUCAUAAAAUGGAUGUGGUUGGGGUUGGAAGGGACCUUAAAGAUCACGAGGGACUGUGUGACACCACCUGCAACAAACAGUAAAUAUGGUACAGAGCCCAUAAUAAAGUUCACAAAUUUGAAUU